AUGGGGGUCGAGUGCAAUAUAACGCCAAGCGAAUCUCCCGCUGAUAAACAAUUUCGAAAGGCACGAGGAUGAAAUCGAAGGUUCUUUUGGAUGUGUCUGAUGUCCAGUUAGCUAGGGUUGGUCCAUCACAAUCAUGGCACCAGCAGGAACGAGCUACAAAUAAAGGAAAUGAAUCCCAGCCGAUAUUAGCUCCACAAAUGGAUGCACACCGAAUCCCUCCAACCGAUUCCCAAACAGCUUAUAAUGGCAUGGACAGCUUGAACGAGAUCGAAAAUCCAACAAGUAAUGCGGUCACCAAUUUUCUAAAUCUGUUGGAUUUUGAUACAGAGGUUAUAGAUAAUCAGGAUGUUUCAAGAGGAAAACGAAACCGGGGACCCAAACCUAGGAUAAUGUAUGAUGGAAAUGGUCCAAUGCAGCUUUGGCAGUUUAUUCUUUCGCUGCUCGUUUCUUCACCUUCCGAGAGUGUAGUGGAAUGGACCAGAGAGCGGAAGUACGAAUUUCGAAUCCUGGAGCCGGAUAAACUUGCGAGACUGUGGGGGGCGCUUAAGAAAAAGCCUGCCAUGAAUUUCAAAAAGCUGUCCCGAGGUCUUCGAUAUUAUUACGGAAAGUCAAUGAUGGAGAAGUCUCGAGGAAAACAAUACACAUACGAGUUCGUCAUGGAUAUUACAGCAAUCCUUGGCUAUGAUCCAGUGGGCAGGAUUACAGAGGGUAGGAACACAAAGUUCUCUAAGCCUGGAAUUACACCAUCUACAGUUUUUCGUUCAGUUGAGGUAGAUGUGGCGGGGUCUGAAGGGCAGAUGGAAGAACAAAGGGGUACAACAGAGGGCUGUAGAGGUACUGGAGAGGGAUACUGUAACACAGGGGAGGGUUUUCUAUUAGCAUUUAAAGCCACAGGGGAGGUAUUGUCGGAUGCAGAGAGAGAAUUCGGGGGCACAGAGGGAGGGAAUGGGUUUGGGGAAACAGGGGAGGUUUUCAGGGGAACUGAGGAAGGGAAGGGUUUUAAAGGUUCACGGGAGGUAUUUGAAGGAACAAAAGAGGGAUUAGAGGGAAUGAGAGAGGACUUUCGAUGCAUGAGGGAGAGAAUUUUGAGUACAGGAGAGAGUUUUUGUGACCCCGGGGCGGGAUUUUGGGGGAUAAAGUUGUUCGAUUUCAGCGUGCUUGUUGAAUCGAACGAAACGAGUAGCUUCUAUGAAGCAUUAUAAGUAUGUCUUGUAUCAAGCAUAUCAUAUAGUUAAAAUUCUUUUGAGAGUUUUGUUCAAUGACCACUU